AAAUUUUUUUGUUCGGUGUCACAUAAAUUCAACUUUUCUUAUCGUAAUUCAGUUGGUAAAUGAUAAUAAUCAACAAUCAACAUAAUAUAAUUAUCUUUAGUCAUUCAUCAUCAUUUUAAUCAAGAAGAGGAAAACAAAAAUCUUAUGAGUCCAUCAACUGUACCGGUGUCAACAAUUGGAGAAUCAGCUUAUAACAAUAAUAAUGAAACAAACGGAAACGGAAUUGAUGCUAUUUCACCAACUAUCAGAAAAGAUGAAAACAAAGGUGAAAAAUUUUUUAUAAGUUCAAGUGAAGGUGAUGAAGUUGGAGGAAGAAAUUGUGGUAAAAAGGAAGAAGAAGAAGAAGAAGAUGAAAUAAUGAUAACAAACGGAAUAACAUCUUCAAUCUCAAUCGCUCCACAUACACAACCCUUUCCACCUUCACAACCACCGACAAUGAUAACAACACACCACCAACCUUACCACCACCAACAGUCUCAUCACCAUCAACAUGGGAUAUAUAAAUCUCGGCGUCAAGCUCGGUCAAAAAGCCCGGUACUGAAAAGAGUUUCAUUUGGUUCAUCUAAAGGGUCAAUGGUUGAGACACUAAUCUAUGAUCAUAAUGAUGAUGAUCUACUUAAGGAUAAAUUUAAUUCCAAUGGUGGAAAUCAAAAUAAUAACAGUUCAAGUGAAAGGUACCUCAAUGGAAACCAUAUAAGUAAUUAUAGUCAACCGAUACAUUUUCAUUAUCCAAUUAACCGUCGAUUGGGAAGUCGAGUGGCCUCCGAUUCAACGAUAUCCAGUUCAUUGAUAAUUGAUCGGCCUUCCCGUGUUCGGGUCUCUUUAUAUGAAUCAGGUCGACCUGCGUCUAUUGUUAGUCCAGAGACACCCGAACCAUUAUCAACAUUCAAUUCAAUCAACAAUAAUAACAAUCACAAUAAUAAUAAUAAUAUCAAUUGUUGUACAACAAUUUCCCGGAUAAUUAAUCCUCCAUUAUCAUCAUCAUCAGUUACAUCAAAUUAUACUAAUCAUCAUCAGCAUCAACAACAACAAUCAAUUUCUCACUCAACAUUAUCAUCGACAACAGUUAAUCAUCCUCAUCACAAUCAAGAUCAUCAUCAAUUAACAUUGGAUUUAGUUAAAAUGAUGGAAAGGAAAAUUAGUGUUGACAGUGGCUUUGAGAAUCCAUUCAGACCCGGUGGGGAAUUGUCCCGUGAAGCGGAAACAAUUGUCAACCUGAUCAAGGAAGGUAAACCCAUCACACCGACAACACCCACCAAGGAAUUGACCUCAGGGGAUUCGUCAUCAUCAUCACCAUCAUCAAAGAUACUCAAUGGAAUCUCAUCAAACAAUCAAUCACCAAAUGAACAAUUAUCACCAUCCAAUAGUGAUAAAUUACCAAAAAUUACAAAUUCAGGGUCAACAACAACAACAACAAUUAAUAAAUUAAAUGAGAUGAAACAAUCAACUAAAACUAAUGGUGAUUCGAGUAAAAUUUAUCCAGAAUCAAAUGAUGCUAAUUUAAAUAGCAACAAAUUAAAUGGUUCCUCUAAAUUGAUGUUAAAUCAUAAAACCAGUAAUGGUGCCGGUGGUGGACCCAAUAGUCCAGGUAUUGGUCAAAAUGAAAGGUCAACUGUUACACCAUCGGAACAAUUAAAAGAUGAAAACAAAAAAAAUAAAAAGUGUAUAUGUUGUGUCGUCCAAUAGAUGGAGCUGAUAACCAUCAACACGAAAUUUUCAUUUUUUUUUUCCUAAUCAACAAUAAUCAUCAUCAUCCAUUUAAUUGUUUCAAUUAUAUAACUAUAAAUAUUAUAUAUUAUUAUUAUUAUUAUUAUUAUAAAUAUAUUUAAAGACUUGUAUUCACUAAUCAA